AUGACAAAAUUUCGCAAUCGAUUCAUGCAUAAUAUGCAAUACAAAAUAUGGUUGUUGUUAUUACUUUACAAGUAAUGAUAACUGCUGUAUAACUUAUCUUGAAGAUAAUAAUUAUACGUGUUUCAAACUUAAUUAAUUUUCAAUAAUUUUAUAAGAUACUGCAUUUAUAAAUAAUACAGGAACAUAAUGCAUAAAACUGGGCCACCACCACCCUAUGAGCCUCCUCCUUAUGCGCCGCCUGGUUAUUCUCAAACAAUGGGUGGUGUUCCACCUGCUAGUCCUUUUACACCUGCAGAAACAUACACAAAUGGACCAACCAUAGUAACAACAAUUGUUGCACUUGGACCAGGAUCAACUCAUACAAUAUGUCCACAUUGUCAUGCAGAAAUUGAUACUACAACAAAAACAGAACCUGGAAUGAUUGCUUACAUAUCUGGUGUUGUAAUUGCAUUAAUGGGAUGCUGGUUGGGAUGCUGUCUGAUACCUUGUUGCAUUGAUGAAUGUAUGGAUGUUCAUCAUAGUUGCCCUAACUGUAAAGCUUAUUUGGGACGUUAUAGGAGAUAAAGUAAUAUGAUAUUAAUAUCUUUCUUUAUUGCAUUUCACUCUGAGGUCACUUGAAAAUUGAAUUAUAUUCCAAUAUACAUAUACUAUUAGUAAUUUUUAACUUCUAUGCAUUCAAACACGUUUCUAAUGUUUGCAAUAUAAACAAAAAGCUUUAAAUGUUUUUCAUAUGAAGAUUUAUAACUAGUAUAAUGCACAAAGCAGGAUUGCACAUAUUAAAAAAUUUUUGAUAGUCACUUUCAUAAAAAUAACUGCUAAUUAAAAUAGAUCUGAUAUAAAUUAAAAUAUUAAAAUGAAAAAGUUCCUAAAAAUUAAUUUAGUAGGUUUUAGAACUUUUUCAUUCAAAGGGUAUCAAAUAGUUGAGGUGAAUGUCCAAGUAAGUACAAAUCUUAUUAAUGAUUUUUCUUUGCAAUAAAAAGUAUAUUUCAGCAAUAUUCAGCACUUUUGAUAUGUAUGUACAUGAAAGUUGUAUACAAUGUGCCUUCAUUUAACCAACAUUAAUAAUUAACAGCAAUUAUUACUUACAAGCAAGUGGUUAAAAA